AGGCGGUCAUUUGAAUCUUGGCUUCCUACGUCCAUCUUCGCCUGGAUACUUACUUGAAGUUGCGUAACAGAAGAAUGCACGCUUCCUUGAUACGUAAUUCAUGCAGGGUGUGAAACGUUAACAAGGUUGACCGCUGUGUAGUCGUUGUCUUGGCAUAAUCCAAAUUUCCAGGAUCGUAUAUAGGGCGGUGCUGUCAAUCAUCUCGCUCCCACAACAUGUCUGAACCUGGCGAAUCGACGCGCCCAAUUCCCUCCAAGCAACGCCGUUUGCAAGGCGCCUGCGACAUAUGCAGGAAUAAAAAGAGCGACAGUGCAACCAUGCCCGGGAAUAAAUGCUCGAACUGUAUAGCGUUUGGUUCGGAAUGUACACAUGUUCAUGUUAUGUCCAAGAAGACUCGAAUACGCAUGCAUUAUCAGCCUCAGCCUGUUCCAGCUCCAAAAACAGACCUACAAGCCCACAUCAAUGCUAUUCUCUCAUCAAGUGCGCCCUACAACGUCCCCAAUACCCAUACCCCAAUCCUAAUGGACCUUGCGCGCUAUGUACGGCAGCUUGAGGCCGACCUUGCUGCGGCCAAGAAUCAUGCAUCACCGCCUUCUGUAGACCCUUCUUCCAGCAGCAGCACUGACCCUGCUUCCUCUGACGAAGAACCUGAAAGCUAUGAACUUACUGAUGCCCUUCGUCGCUUUACCAUCAAUCAAAAGGGUAUCCGACAUUUUGAUAAAUCCAGCGGCAUGAUGCUCAUAAAAAGUACCAUUGAGAUGAAACAUGCAUACGAUCAGUUUGCGCCUACAACUUCAACUUUUCGCCGACCCCAGUUCUGGACAAUCCAUCCAUGGCAGCGUCCGACACCUGAAGACCUCCCCUCUCUUAGGUUUCCUCCUCCUGAUUUCCUCGAUCAUUUGGUCGACACUUUCUUCAACACCACAAACAUACACCUCUGUCUUCUCCACGGUCCUACAUUCCGCCGCGAGAUAGCUGCUGGAAGGCAUCUCACGUCGCGUAAUUUCGGAAACCUUGUCUUAGGAGUUUGUGCAUAUGCGUCCCGCUACUCGGAUGAUCCUCGUGUCGGACCUCUUGAACAAGCUGGAUGGGAAUGGUAUCUUCAGCUACGACCCAUUCAUCUAUCGAAGUUCUCAGAUUCGACGACGCUCUGGGAACUUCAGCUUUUGCCGCUGAUGGUUUUGUUUUUGUAUGGGACGACCUCACCUCAGCCUUGCUUUGUCCUUAUUGGUUUGGGAAUUCGAAUGGCCCAACAUCUUAGAGCUCACCGAAAACGCCUGGUGACCCUCAAGGAGUGGACAGUCGAGGAUGAGCUAUGGAAGAGGGUAUUUUGGGUGUUGGUGGUUACAGAUAUAUUCGUCGGCGCUUUUGAUGGAAAGCCACGGGCAACAACUUCAGAAAACUUUGAUAUAGAUUAUCCUUUAGAAGUGGACGAAGAGUUCUGGCCAGGAGAGCCACUUGCUGAUCCAGAAAAUCCAUGGACUCAACCUUCGCACAAGCCCGCUGACGUCGUGUCAUGGAUAUUAAACAUCAAACUGCUAGAGAUCCUUAGUUUUGCUCAAGUAACAAUUUAUUCAAUUAAGCGAUCUGGAUAUUGGGACGCUAUAUCGACAUCUGAAUGGCAUGAGAACGUCGCCGUCGAACUUGAUUCCGCCCUGAACAAAUGGAUAGACUCUAUACCUGAUUAUUUACGUUGGGACCCCCACAAACCGGACCAACAACAGUUCGAUCGAUCUGUGAUCCUGUACUCCACAUUUUAUUGGGUGCAACUGCAGGUUCACCGACCGUUCAUUCCGCGGCCUAGUGCAAAAAAGAGCUCUGGAAAGUUGAAAAGCAACUUCCCUGCACUUGCAAUAUGUGCCAAUGCAGCGAGGUCAUGCAGUCAUGUUCUAGAUGUACACGCGAGAAGAGGUGGAAUGGCUCUGCCUAAUAUUCUGGUGUCUGCUUUCCAUUCCGCUCUAGUUCUCCUGUUGAACUUCUGGGGUGGGAAACGCUUGGGGCUCUCAGCGAAUCCUGCGAGAGAAGGGGAAGAUAUCAAGAAGUGUAUGGCUAUGUUAGGCAGUUAUGAGUCUCGGUAUCUUGUUGCAGGACGAUAUCAUGACAUUAUUCGCGAAUUGUUUGAGAAUGGCGGCCCCAAUGGACCAGACAGUCAACCUGAACAGAGCAACAAACGUGCUCGUGAUGACAAUGAAGAAGAAUAUUUUGAUUUCUCUUCUGAAGCGAAUGCUAAUGAAUGGAUGCCGCCGCUCCAUACUACUGAGCUGAUGGGCGAUUGGCAAUCUUAUUUCCAAGACAAUGGCGAGUUUUUUGGAGAAGUACCGUCUUUCUCGCAUGAUUAUAUGUUGGCGACGGGAGUUGGGGAGGGAAUCGGGGUAUUUUCAGAUCCUCAGGAUAUCGCUCUUAGGGAUGAGGGUGCCGCCUGGCAAGACUUUGGAAUGUACAUAGCUAAUAUGGAUGAGUUCUUAGGAAUGAGGUAGUUCAGUCAAUUAUAUAUAUAUUUUAUUUCUUCGACAUUUGUUACUGUACCUGAUCGUGUCAUUACAUUUCUAAGCCAGGAACUGUCAGG